UAGGAAAAGUAGGAAACUUCCCUGAAAGAGUCUCUAUCACAAUAUUACACUAAUCCUUCACAUGAUACUGACAGGGAAACUGCAACCAAAUGCCUAAAAUUAGACGUCUGGACUCAGAUGAACUCAUAGCAACAACAAAACAAAAUCAAAACCAGGCCAAAGCAACAGAGAAAUUAAAAGCCUUCAACUACAAGUGACAAAACAUUCAACAUACGCUAUACUCAUAAGGGAAGAAGUCGCGCCUUUAUAAGUAUAUGUGAGUGAGCAGCAGGAAGAAGAAUAAGAAAGUGAAAUUCACGGUACUUUUGCAGAAGAGAUUACCAGUACUACUUUACCGCCUUUAUAGGUACAGAAAGCGAGCAGCAGGAAGAAGAAUAAGGAGUGAAAUUUACGGUACUUUUGCAGAAGAUGGGGAUCACAAAGAAUGUAGGGAACUACCAACUUGGUCGAACCAUUGGUGAAGGAACUUUUGCUAAGGUCAAGCUUGCUAAAAACAUUACAAACAACCAGAUUGUUGCUGUUAAAAUCAUUGAUAAGCAGAUGGUUCUGUCUAAUAACCUUAUGUCUCAGGUGCAGAGAGAAAUCAGAACGAUGAAGCUGUUGAAUCAUCCGAACAUUGUAAGGAUACACGAGGUUAUCGGCUCAAAGACAAAGAUUUACAUAGUCAUGGAAUAUGCAGCAGGAGGACAGCUCUCUGACAAAUUGACUUACAUGGAGAAGUUAAGUGAGGAGGAUGCAAGAAAAUACUUCCAGCAGUUGGUUGAUGCAGUAGACUACUGCCAUUCCAGAGGAGUGUAUCACAGAGAUUUAAAGCCAGAAAACCUGCUUUUGGAUAACCAAGGAAACCUCAAAGUAUCAGACUUUGGACUCAGUGCAUUGCAAAAGCCUGGAAGUUUGUUGUCAACAGCAUGUGGUUCUCCAAGCUAUGUAGCACCUGAGGUACUGAAUAAGAAAACUUACGAUGGAGCAGCUGCAGAUGUCUGGGCUUGUGGAGUGAUCUUAUUUGAGUUGUGUGCUGGUUAUCUACCAUUCAUAGACCCCAAUCUAAUGAAUUUGUACACAAAGAUAUUGAGAGCUGAGUAUGAAUGUCCAAAAUGGUUUACACCAAGUCAGAAGCAACUUAUUGGCAGAUUAUUGAAUCCCCGUUCAAAAAAGAGAAUUACAGUAGCAGAAAUUGCUGAAGAUGAGUGGUUUCAGAGAGAUUAUAAGCCUGCUGCAGGAAUUUACUUCCAAGGAAAGAGCUACUCAGAUGAUGUUCGAGCAGUUUUUGAGCCUGAAAAGGAAAGUUCAGAAGAAGAUAUUGUCCCUGAAACUCAAGGAUUUAUCAAUGCCUUCCAACUGAUUGCAAUGUCUAGCGACCUUGAUUUGUCAACCCUAUUUGAAGAACAGGACGACAAGAACAACAGGAUAAUGCUGGGAUCGAAAUACACAAUCACUGAAACUAUAGAAAAGAUAGAGAAAGCAGCAAGUGAUGCAAGUCUUUCAGUUGAAUGGAUGAGUAACAGCAAGAUGCAAAUACAACUAAAAUCAAAGUUCCGUUCAUCUUUUAACCUUUUGGCGGAGGUGAUUGAAGUGGCACCAACAAAUUGUGUUGUGGAAGUAUCAAAACCUGCUGGAGAAUCAGGAAUAUAUAAAGAGUUCUGCAGAAGUUUAUCUCAAAUGCUAACAGAAAAAUCACGUAAACAUCGGAGAUAAGAUGUCAAACGAUGAUAACAUCAUUUUGCAAAGGUAAGAAGAACAGAAGAUGGAUCACUUGAUACCGACUCUGAAGGAAUAAGGAUUUUUUUUUCUUCUGCAUUGCGGGUUUUGUGACAGUCAAGUGAAAAGUGAGACACACAGGGAAUUAUAUUAUAGAGCUAAGCUUGAGGCAAUUGAUCCAUAUGGUAACAGAGGGACAUGAUGUCCAUUAUAGAUUUACUUUUGAUCCAUAUAGUAUGUAUGAGAAGAAUGUAAGGUGAAUGCAGUUACAGAUUUAAGUUGGCUGCAUUGAUCUUUCAGACUUUCAGUUAUUAUUAGACUGUAACAGGCUCUAGAGGGCAUAAGGAACUGAUAGACAAUGUUGAUUACUCCCACUUUCUGCAUUUAGUUGUCAUUUAGCUGGUUCAAAUUGUAUUUAUCAACAUGACUGUAAAAUCCGGACAGCGGAGUAUAUUUGAUUUGCAAGACUUAGUCUC